AUGGGAGCCUUCCUCUUUAUGCUGUCCAUUUUGGUGUUACAUGCUGUGGCCUGGCCAGAUCUGGGACAAUCCAAGCAGAGUGCCCAGAAGUGUGUACGAUGCUGUAGCCCUGCAGGACCCCCUGCUGCCAUCCCUGCACCUUCCAACAGGAUGAGUAACUAUCCCUCAUGGGUGAUGCCCCGGCUUCAACCCACCAUUGAUAUUACCAUCCUUAAAGGAGAGAAAGGUGAAUCAGGAGAGAAAGGUCAAUCUGGAGUGAGUGGGAAAGAGGGGAUACCAGGCCAGCGGGGAUACAGAGGACGGAAAGGCCAGAAGGGACAAAUCGGUCUGCCAGGGAACUCCUGCAAGCAUGUCUAUGAAGCCUUCUCUGUGGGCCGGAAAAAGGUUCUCCACAGCUCUGACUAUUUCCAAGAUGUCACGUUCGACACAGAGUUUGUGAAUCUCUACAAGCAUUUUAACAUGUUCACGGGCCGGUUUUCCUGCUAUGUGGCUGGCAUCUACUUUUUCAAUCUGAAUGUGCAUACCUGGAAUUUCAAGGAGACCUAUCUUCACCUGAUGAGGAAUGACCAGGAGGCAGCCAUCCUGUACACCCAGCCCAGUGACCGGAGCAUCAUGCAGAGUCAGAGCCUCAUGCUCGACCUGGAGGAAGGAGAUGAGGUCUGGGUACGGAUGUUCAAGAGAGAACGAGAGAAUGCCAUCUACAGUGAGGAGUCUGACAUCUAUAUCACCUUCAAUGGCCACCUGAUUAAACCUGCUGAGGAUUAG